AUGCUAAGGCAAGCUAUCAGAAAAGCUUCCACUCUUCCACCACACGCUUUGAAGCCAGCUUUUGGGCCAGGCGACCAGGCCGCUGCCAAGGCUUUCAAGCAGGCUGCUGAAAACACACAUCACCACGCUAAGGAGACCUCUGGGUUGUGGCUCAAGAUCUCCAUGUUCGUUGCUGCUCCAGCCAUCGCUUUGGCCGCUGUAAACACCUACUUCGUCGAAGCUGCCCAUGCUGAGCACCGCGAUCACUUGAAGCACGUUCCAGACUCGGAAUGGCCGGUGAACUACGAUUUCCAAAACAUCAGAUCCAAACCUUUCUUCUGGGGCGAUGGUGACAAGACCUUGUUCUGGAACCCAAUUGUCAACAGACACAUCACCGACCAGUAA